GUGGGGCACUAUUGAACAUGGAGGCAGUUGCUUCUGAGUGAGAACUUGCUGAAGCUGGAAACAGCAUCUGCUGGAUCAUGUGGGAUCUGGGGCCCAGAGCCCCGUUUGUGCUUUUGUGUAAAAUUUGGUAGAAAAACUCUUCUCAACUUUGGAGCCAUUCUGCCAGCUGCAAAUCCCAUUGCCAUCUAUUUUCAGACUUGUACAAUACAUGAACAGUAAGGGAUCUUGGGCUGUGGCUGUCACUUUGCACUAGCAGAUAACGAAAAUGUUAUUGCAGAUGUCUUUGAAAAUGUGAUUCUUGUUGGGUCUCAGAAUGUGCAUGUGGAAACACUGGCUCAUCCAAGAGUAAUCAUCUCUAAGAGACAGCACUAGUGCUUCACUUUGGAAUGGAACAAAGACAUUAAGUAAAGGCUGAGUUGCAGAGUUUGUGUUAAUGAGUUACAAAAAUGUAGAGGCAUCAGUUCAGAUCUGCAUUUUAAAGAUUCAGAAUUGCAAAUAAUUUCUUCGCCAUUCAGAAUGGAGGAUUUAGAAAUAGACACUUCGAACCACCUUCUCAAAUAAUGUUUGACAUCUACAGGAAGGUGCCAAAAGACCUUACACAGCCAACCUACACAGGGGCUAUUAUCUCUGUCUGCUGCUGUCUCUUCAUACUGUUUCUCUUCCUGUCUGAGCUCACUGGAUUCAUAGCCACUGAAAUAGUUAACGAGCUCUACGUGGAUGACCCAGACAAAGACAGUGGAGGUAAAAUAGAAGUGAAUCUGAACAUCAGUUUGCCAAACCUGCAUUGUGAAUUAGUUGGACUAGACAUCCAAGAUGAAAUGGGAAGGCAUGAAGUGGGUCAUAUUGACAACUCGAUGAAGAUACCUCUCAAUAAUGGGGAUGGCUGCAGGUUUGAGGGCCGUUUCAGCAUCAACAAGGUCCCUGGUAACUUUCACGUGUCAACGCACAGUGCCACUGCACAGCCUCAGAAUCCUGACAUGACUCACAUCAUCCACAAGCUCUCAUUUGGGGACAAGUUACAGGUCCAUAACGUUCAUGGAGCAUUCAAUGCCUUGGAGGGAGCAGACAAACUCAGCUCAAAUCCUCUUGCAUCUCAUGAUUACAUACUGAAGAUCGUCCCAACGGUGUACGAAGACAUGAGCGGCAAGCAGCGAUAUUCAUACCAGUAUACUGUAGCAAAUAAGGAGUACGUAGCCUACAGUCACACUGGCCGCAUUAUCCCAGCUAUCUGGUUUCGUUACGAUUUGAGUCCCAUCACAGUGAAAUACACAGAGAGGCGACAGCCUUUAUACAGGUUUAUCACAUCGAUAUGUGCCAUCAUUGGAGGAACAUUUACUGUAGCUGGGAUCCUAGACUCCUGCAUUUUCACAGCAUCAGAGGCCUGGAAGAAGAUCCAGCUGGGGAAAAUGCAGUAGCGGUGAAACUCUACCCUAGUCUCCAAGGACAGGAGCAAAGAUUGAGAAAUCUACCACUACCUGUAUUUGUCUUUAUUUCCUAUUUGAUUGAAUCAGUAAGUUUUUCUCUAAUCAGGCUGUUCAAUGAAGACUUCUUCAACAAAUCAAAGAAAUCUCCUUGCAUUUCAGAGCUCUGAAUGAAAAAUCAAUGGAAUCAGGGCAUGGAUUUCGAUUCUCUCCCCCCCAGAAAGAGAGGUUGAAAUACCAUAUAUGAAAUACGCUGUCAGAUCUAAGUAAGGAUGACAGUCUGUUCUCUGGGAGGUUCCUAUGGCAGUGUACAAACUAGGUAGUAGAUUGCAAAGAGUUGAGCUGUUGUGUGGCACUUUUUGGAAUUCUGUUGGAUUUGCAUGAUUAGACAAUCGACUUUUGUAUAAGGCAAAAUUAUACAUUAGGAAGAAAUUCCACCCGUGGUGCCAAAAAGGUAAUGUAUCUGUUGGAGAGGAAUGGAAAGCGUUAGUCCCCGUAGCAAACUUUAGAGACAGAGGGCAGAAAUAACAUCAGGAAAUGUUUUGUGCUUUUAUUGAAAGCUCUUUUGUUCAGAUAUGACCUUUCUAAUGAAAUGAGCAAACGAGAAGAGGAAGCCUUCCCCCAGCUACCUUUUCCUGGGUAAUCUGUGAUCCAGGCAGCGGAGGGCCUUUCUUUUACUCUGGAUGUAAAAGUGGUUUCAUUUCUUCCCAGAAACUGAAUAUCCAGUCUUGUGUUUACAGGUGGCAUGAAGUAAAAACCAAACUGAGCAACACAGUUUUAUGUGGCCUUUGUUUUGAAAGGGAAUAGUUGUCUUUACAGCAUUAGCUUUUAUUCUUUCCUAUGUUUUUUAAACACAGACCACCCGACAGUCUGGAUUCUGCACUUCUGCUUUAUUAUUAUUAUUGUUGUUGUUAUUUUGAGAAGGGGUUGUAUAUUCUAUGUGUUCAGAAAAACGGUGCAGCCUUCUGGGUGGAUGAUGAGCACAGCUUACUGUCUUGCUUUGUGUGUGUGUAUUGAAUACACCUGUCAAACACGGGAAGUCUGUCUUUUCAGGGUUUAAGGUGCCUCCCUUUUCCUUUAAAAUGCAGUCAGGCAUCUUUUCUGAGCCCUAGACUGAAACUGUUCACCCACAGGUACACCAGCAGCAGGGCAGGCAUUCCCACAAGCUGGCCCCUGCUAGUAGUUGUUUUGGUUUAUUCCUUAAAAUGGUACCUGAGCUUCCAUGCCCAUUCGUUCAAGCCUUGUCUUCUGGGGCCUCCAAUAAAUGGAGGCGCAAGGGGAAAACUACUGCCAGGUGUGGCUUGCAUGUAAUGGUAGACAUGAGUUCACUAAAAUUAGACUGAUACCCACCAGCGCAUUUUCCAUAGCCUCCUAAAUGUUCCUUGAGUAGUAACAGUCUCUGCAUGCUUUGUAAAUAUCUGAGCUGAGGAUACACAAAUGUUAAGUGUUCCAGGAUGGAUAAAAAAAUCAUGAAAUAAAAAUAUCUUUCACUCAGUCAAUGCUGUAAAUUCUAAGGUGGGUGUAGGAUUUCUCUUGGAUAGUAUCUACUGCCCACUGCCCUUUCCUGGAGGCGAGAGUAUCCAAACAUUAUGCUGUAAUAAUAAGAAUCUUUGAAUAUUCAGUGUUAAUGCUAGAGUCAGAUGCAUUUCAAAAGUAUUCUUAAUACAUGUCUGUUGAAAUUGUCUCAUUGCUUUGGAAGUAGGGAAGGUAGCCAGUUUUAUCCACACACCAAAAAGAAGCAGCCAACCACCCUCCCCCUGCCGUCCUCUGCCCUGUAGUGAGUGACUUCAGACAAAUUACAGCAUUGGAAUUUUUUCCCUGUUCUUAUUAUGGACUGAUUGCUAUUACUUUAGGUGUAAACUGGAUUGUGUAACUUCCUGUAUCUGUUAAUGUAUGGAUAGAUUUUAUACAUUUUUUUCCAUUUACAAAAAUCAACUUGAAAAUGAGAUGCUUGUCUUCAUUUCGGUGCGUGAGUCCGUGUGCCCGUGAGCGGUACCCACUGGAUGGGUGGUGGCUGUCUGGUGGGAGCUGGGAUUUUCCAUUGCAAUUGCUUCUCUUGCUGGCUGAAGGAUUUCCUCUAAUCCACUGUGACCGGCUGCAGCUUACAGCAAAAAUGUCCUAGUUUUUCCUCUUGAAUUUGUUGAGUCUUUGCUCACAGCUUGUGAACCCAGUGGGUUACAAGGAUGUAAUUUUUAACAUCUCAGCAGUGCAUCCUUCUCCUGAACUGUGCAAGAGAACAUCUUUGUAGCAUGGUACUGUUAAUUUUCCGAAAUUUCUUCCCUGGUGCAAUUUCUUCAACACAAACAAACAAAGCUGGUUGCAGAUUCCUUGUGUCCCCUGGCGUGUUAUUUCUGCCCUUCUCCCCAUCCUCUGACUGAAUUAAAGGCUGCCUUCUGUGCAGUCCAGGCCAGUUCUCUAAACCAGACCAGUGAAAUUGUUUGGCUUUUUUUGGAAAUAACAGAUG